ACCAUUAAUCUCCCCUCCUCCAGACUUCACAUCCGGUUCACCCGCUAGUAGCCUAUCUUCUGUGUCUUGCCUGUGUGUGUGACGGCCUGAUUCUCCACGGAGCUGUACUGCAGACCCCCUACCUAAACGCGCUGCGUGCUAGACGGAUACUACGCCUGGCGUGCAUCGGUGAUGGAGCUACCGUCUGCGCUCUGAUCUGGUGGUGGGAGCCGAUCUGUAUGACACAAAGGCCGGGAUGAGACGAUAGGCUAUCGGAUGGGCGCCCCGGUUUGGUAAUACUCGCUCAACGAUGUCCAAGAGCCUGACGAAAAAAAAUCACUGGACCAACAAAGUCCACGAAGCGGUCGUCACCAGGAGCAUAGAGGGAGAAUUUGGCUUCGAGCUGAAGGGGGGCGCGGAGAUUGGGCAGUUCCCCUACUUCGGGGAGGUGAAACAAGGAAAAGAAACCGUCCAGAGCGGCAAGCUGGCCCAGGAUGAGUUGCUGCUUGAGGUCAACGACACGCCGGUGGCCGGGCUCACCACCCGGGAUGUUCUGGCUGUCAUCAAACACGGCAAAGAUCCCAUCCGCUUCAAGUGUGUCAAACAAGGGGGCAUGGUGGAUAAGGACCUCCGGCACUACCUCAAUCUGCGCUUCUCCAAGGGAUCCGUGGACCACGACCACCAGCAGAUCAUCAGAGACAACCUCUACCUCCGCACCGUACCCUGUACCACCAGGCUGCCAAAGGAGGGAGAGGUGCCGGGGGUGGACUAUAACUUUGUGAGCUUGGAGCGCUUUAUGGAACUGGAGCAAAGCGGAGCCCUGCUAGAGAGUGGAACCUAUGAAGAGAACUUGUACGGUACUCCCAAGCCCCCAGCCGAGCCCAGUCCGGCGGCCCCUCCCUUGAAUGUGAGUGAGGCGCUGCUGCCCGGAGCCUGGUCCAGUGCCCAGGGCAAGAGGAAGAGGAACCAGUCGGUUAGCAACAUGGAGCAGCGAGCCAGCCUGGAGCUGCCUGAGGAGGAGGACUGCAGCCUUCCCGUGGUCAACGAGAAUGGUGUGGCCAUUACGCCAGAGUCAAGCGAGCAUGAGGACAAGAGCACGGAUGUGUCUGAGGAGGUGUCUAUGAUGGAUGUCCUCACCCUUCCCCCUCCCUUCACUGAGCGCCCCACAGAGGGAGAGGAGUCCCCCAAGCGGGAACCCCCCAAAUCACCGCCCAAACUCCCCAAAGGAGAUGAGGAAGAACUGGGACCCCUACCCGACAACUGGGAGAUGGCCUACACUGAGAAAGAAGAGGUCUACUUCAUAGAUCACAACACUAAAACUACGUCAUGGCUGGAUCCUCGGCUGGCAAAGAAGGCCAAACCACCUGAGGAGUGUAAAGAAGACGAGUCGCGGCUGAAAGACGACAUUAAUAACAUACAGCAUGCGCUCUAUCGGCAGGACAGAACAGCAGCCUCUGAACUGCCGUAUGGCUGGGAGAAGAUCGAUGACCCUAUCUAUGGCAGUUACUACGUAGACCACAUCAACAGAAGGACUCAGUUUGAGAACCCUGUCCUGGAGGCCAAAAGACGACUGGAGCAGCAGCAGCAGAUACAGAACCAGGGACUGUCAGCUCUGCCUUUACCUACUAUAUACAGAGAGAAGCCCCCAUUCACGAGGGACCCCACCCAGCUGAAGGGCUCCUUUCUGUCCACGGCUCUCCAGAAGAGCAACAUGGGCUUUGGCUUCACCAUCAUUGGAGGGGAUGAACCGGAUGAGUUCCUGCAGGUCAAGAGUAUCAUACCCGAGGGCCCCGCUGCACAGAACCAGAAGAUGGACACAGGUGAUGUCAUCGUCUACAUCAAUGACAUCUGCUGCCUGGGCACCACUCACGCCGAUGUGGUCAAACUCUUCCAAUCUGUUCUCAUUGGACAAAGCAUCACCCUGGUCCUCUGCCGGGGUUACCCCCUGCCUUUUGACCCCGAGGACCCCAGCGGGGCAUCCGCUGGAAACUCCCUGACCCUCAUUGGCAUGGAACACCACCCCAUGGUGGUGAACGGGCGUAGCAGCUACAACCAUUACCUGGAGUACCUCUCCCUGAGCUCUCAGCUCCCUUCGCAGGCUCUAGCCCAGCCAGGGGCACCCCACCCUGGGGACACCCACCUGGAUGGGUCCUCAUUACCGCUCACCAACCCUGGGUCCGCUCUGACGCCGCGCGACGACAAUGUCUCCAUGGUGUCGUCAGGGGCUACGGGGAUCACCGGGGGCGUGAUCCAGGCAGAGCUGCUGACGGUGACUAUGGUGAAGAGGGCAGAGGGGUUCGGGUUCACCAUCGCCGACAGCCCCACGGGGCAGCGGGUCAAACAGGUGUUGGAGCCGGUUGUGCAGGACGGAGUGUGUCUGAAUGAAGGAGACUUGAUCCUGGAGGUGAACCAGCAGGGUGUGGCGGGGGCAAGACACGGCCGUGUGGUGGAGCUGCUCAAAGAGUGUUCUGUCGGAGCCGAGGCCACGCUACUCAUACAGAGAGGAGGAGGGGAAGGUCACCUCUCUCCAUGGAAGACCUCCAAACAGAUACCAGAGCAGUGGGACCCCCAUGGAAGUCCCCAGACUUGCUUGUCAGCCCCAGUGCUUCCCCCGGGCACACCCUUCUCUACCCAGCCACAACAUCACACCUCGGUCCCCGACUCCACGGAGGGCUUCGACCUCAACAAACCCGACCCAUAUGACCUCUAUGAGAAGUCCAGGGCCAUCUACGAGAGUAGACGUCCAGAGUACCAGGAGGUGGAAGUUCACCUGUUGAGGGAGAAGACUGGGUUUGGCUUCCGCAUCCUGGGGGGAGACGAGGCCGUGCAGGCUGUGAGUCCGGACGCCCGCGACAAGAUUGUGAUUGGGGCGAUCAUAGAGAACACUCCUGCAGAGCGCGAUGGACGUCUUCGACCUGGGGACGAGCUCAUCUCCGUGGAUAAAAUGGUGGUUGCUGGGAAACCACACAGAUACGUGAUCGACCUGAUGCACGCCGCUGCACACAAUGGUCAGGUCAGCCUGAAGGUCCGGAGGAGAGUCCCCUUCUUCAGUGAGGUGUUAGGGGUGAACGGCCGUAGCCCUGGCUACGUGUCCACGCAGCACAAUUCCCCGCGCAGCGACGCCGCCUCAGCUUCCUGUCCUGUAACCCCCGGCAAUGUCCAACCACCAUCCACCACCUCCCCUCCGGAGGGCACCAUCCCCCUGCAUACCAGUGAUGUCAUCAUCCACCGCAAAGAGAACGAGGGCUUCGGCUUUGUCAUCAUCAGCUCGCUGAACCGACCGGAGAACACAGCUGUCAUCACUGUGCCCCACAAGAUUGGGCGUAUCAUCGAGGGCAGCCCAGCGGAUCGCUUUGGCUGCCUGAAGGUUGGCGACCGGAUCCUGGCCGUCAACGGGCAGUCCAUCAUCAGCAUGCCCCACGCCGACAUCGUCAAGCUCAUCAAAGACGCCGGACUCAUCGUCACCCUGCACAUCAUACCGGAGGAAGAUCCCCACUCGAGGCCCAACUCAGAAAAGCAGAGCCCCAUGACCCAGAAACACAGUCCCCAGGCCCAGCCCAGCCCCAUAGUCAACCAGCCCAGCCAAGGAGCAUCCCAGCCGGGUCAUGCACCAGCCCAGCUGGGACAGACAACCACCACCCAGGAAGGCCCAGCACCACCAGCUCUGCCCGGCCAAACACCAGACCAGCCAGGCCAAGAACCAGCAGCAGCCACGCAGCCUACCCCAGGAGUGGCCGCCCAGCCCAGCCCGGCAGGCACCCAGCAGAGCUCGGUCGCUCAGCCACCCGGCCACCCUCCCCCGCUCUACCUCCACGACGGCAGGUCAGAGGUGAAAGCCAGGCAGGACGUGAAACCGGAUAUCCGCCAGCCUCCGUUCACCGACUACCGGCAGCCCCCCGUCGACUACCGGCACCCUCCGGUGGCUGAUUAUCGGCAGCCGCCCACACUGGAUUAUCGUCACCCUCCUCCCCUCAUCGACUACAGACAGCACUCGACAACACUCGCUGCACAGUUUCCUCUAGCACAGUUUCCACCUGACUUCAGACCACAGGACUUUGACUACUUCACGGUAGAGCUGGAGAAGAGUGUGAAGGGUUUUGGCUUCAGUAUCCGUGGGGGACGGGAGUACAAGAUGGAUCUGUUUGUUUUGCGGCUUGCAGAGGAUGGGCCAGCCAUCCACAAUGGCAGAAUGAGGGUGGGGGAUCAAAUCAUUGAGAUAAAUGGCGACAGUACCCGGGACAUGACUCAUGCCCGGGCCAUUGAGUUGAUCAAGGCGGGGUGCAGGCGGGUGAGACUGUUGCUAAAGAGAGGCACGGGACAAGUGCCUGAGUAUGGAAUGGUACCUUCCAGCCUCUCCAUGUGCAUGAAAGGUGAUAUGCUAAGCUCACCCUAUUUCUUCCUAAUGGGCCACUCUAAAGACACGACGGUGCCACCCCCUGGGAUACCUUUCCUCCAGCCCUCUCCGCCCUGCAGGAAGUGACCCUUGACCCCCAGCAGCCGCCCACCUUAUCUCUCUCAUCCCAUUCAGCCUCCACCCUAGACUCCCCCCACCAGCUCGCUCUAGAGGCCUCACUGCGUAC